UGGCAAAACCUUCUCUCUGGAGGGCACCUAAAGGACCAUGUGAAAACCACAUUACCCAUAAAGCUCAGGUGCAUAUGUUUUCUAUUUUUUCCGGAUAUAGCAUCACAUGAAUUGACUGUCAACAUGCAAGAUGGCCACGCAUCACAGGCAAAAUGCUGCUGGGCGGAGAAAAGUACAGGUGUCCUAUGUCAUUAGAGAUGAGGUGGAGAAGUAUAAUCGAAACGGAGUGAAUGCGCUCCAGCUAGACCCUGCGCUGAACCGGCUCUUCACUGCUGGGAGGGACUCUAUCAUCCGGAUAUGGAGUGUCUACCAACACAAACAGGACCCAUACAUCGCUUCGAUGGAGCACCAUACAGACUGGGUUAAUGACAUAGUUCUCUGUUGCAAUGGAAAAACAUUGAUAUCUGCCUCAUCAGAUACAACAGUCAAAGUAUGGAAUGCGCAUAAGGGAUUCUGUAUGUCAACGUUACGAACACACAAGGACUAUGUAAAAGCUUUGGCCUAUGCUAAAGACAAGGAGCUUGUGGCAUCUGCAGGUCUGGACCGUCAGAUCUUUCUUUGGGAUGUGAACACACUAACAGCACUCACUGCUUCCAACAACACUGUCACCACCUCGUCACUCAGUGGGAACAAAGACUCAAUCUACAGUCUGGCUAUGAACCAGAUGGGUACAGUCAUUGUAUCUGGAUCCACAGAAAAGGUUCUGAGAGUGUGGGAUCCCCGAACGUGUGCAAAACUGAUGAAGUUAAAGGGUCACACAGAUAACGUCAAGUCAUUGCUGCUGAAUCGAGAUGGCACUCAGUGCCUGUCCGGCAGUUCAGACGGGACCAUUCGUCUGUGGUCACUUGGCCAGCAGAGGUGCAUUGCCACUUACCGUGUGCACGAUGAAGGGGUUUGGGCCCUGCAGGUCAAUGAGGCCUUUACACAUGUCUACUCCGGAGGCAGAGACAAAAAGAUCUACUGCACUGACCUGCGUAACCCAGACAUCCGUGUGCUCAUCUGUGAGGAGAAGGCCCCAGUGCUCAAAAUGGAACUGGACAGAUCUGCUGACCCACCUCCAGCAAUCUGGGUCUCCACCACCAAGUCAUCCGUUAAUAAAUGGUCUCUAAAGGGAAUGCACAACUUCAGAUCAUCAGGGGAGUAUGACAAUGACUGCACUACCCCUCUAACACCACUGUGUACUCAGCCAGAACAAGUCAUCAAGGGAGGUGCCAGUAUCAUACAGUGCCACAUUCUGAAUGACAAGAGACACAUACUCACCAAAGAUACCAACAACAAUGUGGCUUUUUGGGACGUCCUGAAGGCUUGCAAGGGUGAAGACUUGGGGAAAGUGGAGUUUGAUGAAGAGAUUAAAAAGCGCUUCAAGAUGGUCUAUGUGCCAAAUUGGUUCUCUGUUGAUCUGAAAACUGGGAUGCUCACUAUCACAUUGGAUGAGAGCGACUGCUUCGCUGCCUGGGUGUCUGCAAAGGACGCUGGGUUUUCAAGCUCUGAUGGAUCCGACCCCAAGUUGAACUUGGGUGGACUGUUGCUCCAGGCUCUGCUGGAGUUCUGGCCCAGAACCCGUAUCAAUCCCAUGGACGAGGAAGAGAACGAGGUGAACCACGUGAACGGAGAGCAGGAGAACAGGGUCCAGAAGGGAAAUGGUUAUUUCCAAGUGCCACCACAUACGCCAGUCAUCUUUGGGGAGGCAGGAGGCAGAACUCUAUUUCGGCUGCUAUGUAGAGAUUCAGGUGGAGAGACCGAGUCCAUGCUGCUGAAUGAGACGGUUCCACAGUGGGUUAUUGAUAUAACUGUAGAUAAAAAUAUGCCCAAGUUCAACAAAAUCCCAUUCUACCUCCAGCCCCAUUCUUCCUCUGGUGCAAAAACUCUAAAGAAGGACCGUCUCUCGGCCAGUGACAUGCUCCAGGUGAGGAAGGUUAUGGAGCACGUUUACGAGAAGAUAAUCAACCUGGACAACGAAUCUCAGACCACCAGCUCCUCAGCCAACGAUAAGCCCGGGGAGCAAGAGAAGGAGGAGGAUAUGGCCAUGCUGGCCGAGGAGAAGAUUGAACUAAUGUGUCAAGACCAGGUUCUAGAUCCCAACAUGGACCUGCGAACAGUUAAACAUUUUAUCUGGAAGAGCGGAGGGGACUUGACGCUUCACUAUAGGCAGAAGUCUACGUGAAAGUCACAAUUUUUAAAACAAGAACUCUUCGUCAUUUGCCAAUCACCACCCACCUCUGACAUUUAGAACCCUAAACCCCAUUGUGUGGUCCAGAGUCGCAGUAUCAAUGAGAAUCCAGUAAAAUUUGAGGAUGUGGCUCACGGUGUAUCAUAGGGAACUGACCAGAGCAAGCCGGAGCAGCCAGGAGACGCCUGGGAGAUGAGUGGUCUGUAGUGUAUCUUCUUUUUUUUUUUUUUUUUUUUUUUACAGUUUGAUAAGAAUUACAAGAAUGGACUUCAGCACUCACCAGUUUUUUUUUUCUUUUUUGUUGUUGUUAAUUUUUACUUGUUCUUUCCACCUGAUUGACAUUUUUAUUUUGAAGCUAAUGAACUUACAUUACAUGUUUUAUGUUUGAGUGUGUGUGUCUGUGUAUGCACAUGAAUGUAGUAGACUGUUUGUUUGUUCUAGUACAUUCCAAAAACUGUCCUUGGUCUACAAACACUCUACACUAGUCUCAGCUGUGUCACCAGUUUAGGAGUACACUUGGCCUCUGAGUAGCAUCACAGUCCCUCAAAGCAAUCCUCUUCUGUUCUGUUGUCAUCAUUACUAUUGCAGAGCUUGAACCUCAUCGACAGAAGCAUUUGUCUUCGUCUUUUAUUUUUAGCUGUGCUGUUCUCAAUGGACUGAGUGUUCUUUUUGUAAAUAUAUGUACAACAUUUUUGAUUUAAGUGACUUUUGGUUUUGCAUCAGUUUUAUUGUGUUGUUGUACAGCUUACUUAAAACCGUUAUUUUUUUUUUUCCAAAUCCCUAGAGCACCUUCAUGGCCAUGAAGGAAAUUGGAUGUUAAAAAUUGCAUUUGCUGUAUUCGCUACAACCCAGAAAUUGCAGUCCACUCUGAUGAAUGUUAGUAGUUGUCCAAAUCAUCUUAGCAAUUGGGAAAUUAUAUAUAUAUAUAGAUAUAUAUAUAUAAGGUAUGUAUCUUUAACAAUAACUCAUGCUUACUCACUCUGUGCUUGGGUUAUGACCAGUGACUUUGACAGUGAGUGAGGGCUGUUCCUAAUGUAUAUUUCAUUUAGAUUCGAUAGGAAUUCAAUGAAACAUGAAUAUAACUUGAAGGGGACUCUCACCCAAGAGAAUCUAUAAAUAUUCAACCACUGUGGGAAAAUCACCAGAGUGAAAUAAAUGGUAAUGCCCAUUUGUCUCUUGGUGUGUCACCAAGCAGAGCAACAGAUCUUUUAAUUGUAAAUUUUCUGCAGUUACUUUUGCCAUGUUGAGUGUGUUUAAUAACGCCAUAGUGGGGACGCAUUGAGUGAGCUCUAAUUGGCCAAAAUUUGAAGGGUACCAUAAUGAGGCCAUAACACUGCAGUAUCCCUUGUUGUAAUAAUUUGUGAAAUAUGUAUAUUUUAGGCAUUCAAAGAAAUAAAUUGGAAUGGUUUAACAAUGGCA